UCUGAGAUUGGACCUUUCUUUAGUUCUUUUCCGUGAGAUCCUUUUAAAUAGAUGCCUGGGACUGAACAUGAGGCCUUGUGCAUGGACAGCAUGUGCUAUUUAGCUGCGGUCCUUCUGGGUCAAUCAAUUGGUUCCUCCAGCCAUCUCACAGUCUUGGCUUUCAAGAUCCAGUACAAUUUUUUUUCCCUGCUGGCUUGUUCACAUGAUAAGCAGCUGGUCUUUAUAUUGGAGCAUCCCUCGCCGUUAACAGCAGCUCUUUUUUUGCCCUCCCAAGGCUCAGCUCAACUUCAGCAAUGCAGGCUUCAGCGUCAGGACAGAAACCAGCAAGGAUGGCUGCCUUCUCCCGGACAGAUACAUUCUGUGCUUCCCACAGGCUAGCCUGCAAACUAUUGAGUGAAGCUGAGAAUCGGAAGUUGUUCGGGAAGAGCAGUCAGUGGCAUGGGCACAACUUCAAAGUUGUGGUGACGGUCCGUGGAGAAAUCAAUCCCACUUCAGGGAUGGUGGUAGACCUGAGAGAUUUGAAAGCAUACAUGAAGGAGGCAAUCACAGAGCCCCUUGACAGAAAAGACCUAGAUCAAGACAUCCCCUAUUUUGCCAACGUUGUAAGCACAACAGAGAAUCUUGCCUUAUUCAUCUGGGACAAUCUCCAGAGGCACUUGCCCAGGGGAGCUCUUUACAAAAUAAAACUGUAUGAAACGGAGGAGAAGAGCAUCAUCUAUAAAGGAGAAGGAUCCACUCCAGUCUCUGUCAUGGGCAUGUGUACAGUGCCUCUGCUCUCCCUGGACGACAAGAAGCUUUGUAAUGGCUGUGAAAAGCAUGAUACGCCCAAUCUUGACUGCUUCUUUCCUGCUAACGGCUCAGAGCCAAGCAACAAGUGA